GCUAUUAUCCUUUGCUUAAAUGGUGAACUAAUACAUUUAAAUUAGUUUGACUUCACAAAACCAGCAGCACACGUCUACAAUGCAAUGUCUACAAUGAAACUUGAUCAGUAGGGAGCACUGGCACUGACUCGAUUGAUCUAAGGGUCAGUGUAUUGACACUUUAACAUCCAAAGGUGAGAAUGUAAAUAUGCCGGUGUGGGUGUGACUGGAGUUCAGGUAGGUGUGUGAACAGUGAACAGUUACAAAUGCCCCGGGGAAGAGACAGGAAACAAUAAUGCCCUUUGGAACAGCAAUGACUCAUGCUUGAAGGACUAUAAUAAGAGAAAGUUCAGAGUCCCUUUAAAGGACAUCUGAGACAGGCACAACUCACCCAGGACCACCAAAGCACUUAUCUCAGCUAUGCCAGAUGCAUGAAGUGGCAUCAACGCCGGCAGCUUAACCACCGCUGCACUGCCUCAUCGCCAUAAUCUCCUCCUUCUCUCAGUAUCCAAUUUCCUUCAGCCCUCCACCACAUCACACAUGUAUUCUUUCCCCACAACACCCACACAAACACAGGCAAACACAUUCCUUCUUCAUUCUCCCUCUCAGACACACACACAUACACACACACACACACACACACGCGCGCGCACUCACACGCCCUUCCUGCCUGGGGAUUUGAAGAUGUGACUGAGGCUGGUUUGUAAUCAGAUGAAAAACGAGUAUAAUCCCGAAGCUCCCUCCAUCUUUUACACUGCUGGAGUGGGGAUGCUGAAGGAGAGGACAAGGGCCAGGAUGGGUCACGUGUGACGGAGAGAUCUGUGCCGACGGAUCCUGCCUUUAUAAGGACCUGGACUGAUGCUGCACUCUUAGGAGACUGGGAUGACCGCAGAGAUCACUUAAGAGACAGUGGACGGGUAAAGACGGGGAGAGGACAUCAAAGAGAGCUUCAUCCAUCUGUGACUGGCACACAAGAAGAUAUCCAAUGGCAGAGGCUGGGCACACUGUGUCACACUGUGGCACAAUCCCCUCAGACCCUGUUAUCACAGCUGAGUACAGUUCAGCAGGGGUGAAGCCUGAAGAUGUACCCCUGAAGAGCUCCAAUGAAGCAAUAUACUUCCCAAAAGACCUCAACAGCAGCCAGAUUGAUCAACACGAUACAAGUUGUCCGUGUAUUUCUGAGACCCACGUGUCUGAUGGUGUGUGUUUACAGUCAGUGAGCCAUCAGAAUAAACACACAUGUAGGUGUUCCCUGACAGUGCACAGGGAACAUGUCUUAUCUCCUCCCAAGGUCCUACAAGACCACAGUCUCUUAUCAAUACAAAGAAGCCACUCAGACAGCUUGCAGAUUUUUAAAGAGGCCGCAGCUUCUCCUCUCUACUGUGAAACGGGUGCGUCUUUUUGCCAAGGACGAAACCAAGAUGUUUGUGGGCAGUCGUUUCCUUCUUUAGUGUGUAAACAGGCCAUGCCGCUUCAGCAGAACAAUACUAUGACCACGUCCACUAGAGCAGGAAGUAGCAGGUCGGGCAGUCCAACUCAACCAGCCAAACAUGGCUUCAUUCAGAUCUUUGAAGUCAUUCCAGAAGCCACCUGCCCCAAAUUCAAAGAAUCUGUUUGUUGUAACUCACACUUCCACCAUGGAGCCAUCGAGGACACUUUUGCGGCAUACUGCCACCCGCAACCAAUUCCUGCCCCGGCCCAGCUGCUUCCACACUUGAUAGGAAUGGAGAACUACAAGGGGCAAGUAUCAGCAGGCAACCUGCUCGCUCUUCCCCGGCUCAUCUCUUCUGUCAGCGAGACCGGACUGGAUGGUAAGCAACUCCUCUGCUGCUGCAAUCCGGGCUGCUCUUGGCCUGCUCCGUUGGGUCCAGCUGGCGCCCAACAGCAGAUGGAUGAAACGUCCAAGAGGGAAGUGGGGACCAUGACCACAGAAAAAGAGCUGAGACAUGUGGGAGUGCAAGUAGGUCAGGACUCUGAGGAACAGCCUCAGCACGUGUUCCCAGAAGUGUGUCUGGUUGAGGAGAAGAUGAAUGUGAGUGGCAAAGAGGCAUCUAAGAGUCAAAAAUCUCCUGUGAAAGAGGUGAAAUGGGAUGCGGAGGGCAUGACCUGGGAGGUGUAUGGAGCCUCGGUCGAUCCUGAGGAACUCGGCCUUGCAAUUCAGAAACAUCUAGAGAUACAGAUCAAAGAAACGAAGGGAAUAGCAGCAAAACUCUCGCACCAGAACACGGCAACAUCCCAGCACAGCUCAGGAUCGACCCAGAGGAGAAAAAAGGGGUUGUUGGGUUUUCUGCACCACCGGUGCAGUGGACUAAAGGACACCAAAUAGACAAUUUAAAGGGGUCAUAAAAUAUUACAUGCACUUUUACAGGUUGUUUGAACUAAAAUGUGAGUUCG